AUGUGGGUGAAUCCCAGCAGCAAGCUGGUGAGCGGCUCCACCGAGUACAGCCGCGCGUGCUCUGGUUUGCACUCGGGCUAUGAGGGCAGCUUCUCGGUGACCUGCACUGCUGGGGUGUUGAGCGCGGACCUCUCCGCCUGCAGCGAGCGCGGCUGCCUCGCCAGCGACACCGUCUCGGUGACGGUGGGAAGCUCCACAGACACCAUCGUCACGGGCGAAGCCCUGGCUCACGGAGGUUCCAUCCAGCAGGUCUGCGAGGAUGUGGAUGCCAAGUACACGGGCACGUUGACUAUCAACUGCGCCCUCGGCGAAGUGUCCCUGUCGGACAAUUCUUGUUCCGCGAAGCCCUGCGAGCCCUGGGACUUUGUGGCUGCCACGCUGCAAGGGGCGAGCGGCCUGCUCUACCCCAAAGCUCAGAUUGUGAGCGGAAGCACAGGUGUCGGUGAGUGUGGAGAUGUGAACGUUGAAUGGAGCGGCGACUUUGUGCUGAAUUGCAACAUGGGAGUGCUCGAGGCCGGGGACUCUUCUGCCUGCCGCCAGACCUGCUCCUCUGUAUCCAGCACCACGGUGACCAUUGAUGGCACCGGCUACUCCGUGACGCCGGCGGCGCGAAUCGCGCACGAUGCAGAUGGGUCCCAGGCUUGUGGCAACGUGGUCUACGGCUACGGCGGCGAGGUGUCCUUGCAUUGUAAUGAUGGCACGCUGACAGUGAACAGUCACGCUUGCCAGCCGGAGCCAUGCCCAGCUGGUUUGCUGAUGGAAGGCACCAUCUAUGGCGUGUCUGGCGUGGGCCAGCUGUUGGAGGACACGGCGCACCAACAGCAGGGCGCUGUGGGGUGCAACAGCAUCAACCCGGAGACCACGGGCACAUUCCAGGCCCUCUGUUCUGCCAAGUCCCUGACGGUGGUCUCAGAAGCCGCCUGCCAGAGGUCUUGCACAGCCUCCUCGGACACAGCCCUUGAGGUGGACGGCUACAGCUACACGGUGGUGCCUGCUGGCAUGAUUGA